AGGAAAGAUGUCGUAUUAAGAAUUUACGUUCAUUUACACAUAUUGGUUUGCAAUUUUACCAUUACCAACGACUUCAAAGAGAAUAAUUUAGUGUUGCAGCAAGACGUAAAGGUUUGCAGAAACGAAUGCAGAAUGACAUUCGGGGAAAAGAUAAAUCGAUUUUCAAAGAAACUCGAUCCGGUCCUGAGGGUGCCAUUCGUUUUUGCAAUCGAUUGGCUUAUAAACUCGCUGGAUUUUGGCGACUUUUCUUCUGUUAAAGCUAUACCAGCCCUGCUGUUGUUAUUUUCAUUGCUGUUUAUUGCCUCCCAUGGUAAUCUCAUCUUCAUACAAGGCUUCAUGAUUACUUUUGAUAUUUUCAUCACCCUAGCAUUUUUUACAAUUGGUAAACACUCUCCAACUUUCCAACAAUUCAUCUUCACUGUGGAUAAAAAAAGUAUUAUUACUGGAGCACUUAUAUUCUAUCAAGGCCUGAUCUUUACUAUUGGUAUCGAUAAUCUGUACAGAAGUCUUAACACACUAUUCUUCUUUGCCAUAUGGGUAGUCUUCACAGCCAUCUUGUGUAGAAUGAAUUAUAGCUUCACUCUUGGCUUUUGGUAUUUUAUGUUGAGUGAAUUUUUUGGAAUACACAAGCAAUUUCAAAAGUCUUUACAAGAGGCUUCGCUCUUGGCUAAUAGCAUUGGAUACAUGAACACGUUCAUAUUUUACUACCGCACUAGAAGAAUAUCAUUGGUUUUGAGACUGUUCUGGCUCUUAACAAUCGUAACAAACUUCUCAUUCGAGGCAAAUGCAAAAUACAAUCUCUCUUGGUUUUUGGUUUGCACAGGAGCCACACUGAAUACGCAUUUACGACUUUUUGCACUGGCACUGUGGUUACCAGAGAUUUCUUACAUGUUGUUAUGGAUUUCUCGUGCCCUGCUAUCUUGGUCGUUAAGUCACACAGCAAGGGAUUUAGAACCAAGAGACAUGGGAAAAGCUUUGGUGUUUUAUUUUAUCGCAACUUUCAACUCUGUUCUGGAUGUGAAAAUCAUUCAGCGAGUAUUCUUUGUUGCUUUAAUGCUGUUUAUCAGCUUUUCAUACAUUUUACAAAGUGUUUAUAAACUAUGUGAUGAAACCUUGAAGACAAUAUCAACAUCGCUGCAGCACAAUUAUUGGGUUCAUAUCAGAGCGAUUACACUAACAUUGUCCCUUGUUUUUGUGCUUUUGUACACAAGUUGGAUGUUCUGUUCGUUGUUCUCUUUCCGAGUUUGGCAGCUAGUGGUAGUCUCCUCGAACGUUGUGACAGCUGUGCAAGCCUUGGGUAGCUUGGCAGUUUAUGCCUUGUUUGUGUAUGACUUGAAGUCAUUGAAUAAACUAGAACAGUUAGAUGAUUGGGUGUACUAUCUUAAUGCUGUCUCAAAGUCUCUGGAAUUCCUAAGUGCAUUUUUGGUGCUGUCAUUUGGAGUUUGGGAUGUAAUUCAAGGCAGCUGGAGUAUUUUUGGUCUGGUGGUGAUAGUCAUUCAUACAUAUUACAACGUUUGGUUGACGGCCACUAACGGUUGGAAAGUUUUCCUGAGCCGUCGCACGGCUGUUACAAAACUAAACCGACUUUCUGAUGCUACAGAGGACCAACUUGCAGGACUGCAAGACGUUUGCGCGAUUUGUUUCGACUCUAUGUCGAGCGCGAAGGUCACCCAGUGCGGACAUUACUUUCACUCGAACUGCUUGAGAAAAUGGCUGUAUAUACAAUCAUCUUGUCCGCUUUGUCAUCAAGAUGUUCUCGUGAAUGAUAAAGAAGAAGAUUGACAACUAAUGAAGAGUUUACAAAGAAUGGCGGCUGUUGGGUGAAAUCAUCGUGCGUCAGUUAGCACUGCAGUGUGAAAGCAUAAUAAAGAAUAUAAAUGCUAAAUUUUUCUAGCAUUUUUUUCGCAAGGAACGAUCAUGGUUGAGGCUGUAUGAAUGCCCAGGAACAAAUCAAACCUCAAAGCCAAGGCCAAGGGGCUUGUCAUAUAAAUUAUAAUAAGUGCAUGAGUUUUAUGUCAAACAGUCGCUAUAAUUUUUUGUUAAACAAGUAGCUUUGAGCUUGAACUUCUGACUUAACAGAAUAUUGAAAUAUAAUUGUGAAAA